CUCUCUGGGCCACCGCGGUCCCUUUAAGGGCCAGGAGGUGCGCGGUCUCUUUAAGGCAGGUCCUGGUGGUUUCUGUUUUCUGAAGGAAGUGACGGGGGGUGGGAUUGAAUGAAAAGUGCUCAACAGAGUCCGGAGCUCUGGAGUGCUGCGGCUAGGGGGGACACGCACGGGGGAGGGCGCCGUCCUGGACUCCGGGUGCGUGUCCGGACGCGGCCCACGUUAGUUCGCAGCACAUCGUGGGAACCUCCGCCUUGCGCCUGCCCCCUCCUGGGGAGGCGACUGCCGGACCCCCAACUUUGGGCAAACUUUGUAGGCGCGCCUCCCCUCCCCCACGCGGCGCGCCGGGGCCCCCGGGGAUGCGGCCCCCCGGCCGCCGCGACGUCCCCCCGGCGCGUCCCGCGCUGCCGUCGCUGCUGCUGCUGCUGCUCCUGUCGCCGCUGCUGCUCGGGGCUCCGCGCGGCGUGGGCGCGGGGAGCGGCGCGCCGGCCGAGCUGCGGGUCCGCGUACGGCUGCCCGACGGCCAGGUGACCGAGGAGAGCCUGCAGGCUGACAGCGACGCCGACAGCAUCGGCCUCGAGCUGCGCAAACCCGACGGUACGCUCAUCUCCUUCGUCGCCGAUUUCAAGAAGGACGUGAAGAUCUUCCGAGCCCUGAUCCUGGGGGAGCUGGAGAAGGGGCAGAGUCAGUUUCAGGCGCUCUGCUUUGUCACGAGGCUGCACCACAAUGAGAUCAUCCCCAGUGAGGCCAUGGCCAAGCUCCGGCAGAAAAACCCCCAAGCAGUGCGGCAGGCUGAAGAAGUUCGGGGUCUGGAGCAGCUCCACAUGGACAUCGCCGUGAACUUCACCCAGGGGGGCCUGCUGAGCCCCCAUCUCCACAACGUAUGCGCUGAGGCCACAGAGGCCAUUUAUGCCCGCCAGGAGGAUGUCCAGUUCUGGACAGAGCGAGGUGUGGACAGUUCUGUGUUCGAGGCUCUGCCAAAGGCCGUAGAGCAGGUGGAAUUACCUCGAUGUGGACAAGUGGUGGACCGAGGAAAGCCCUGUGCCUGCCGAUACAGCCUGAGCCUGGCCUGGUACCCUUGCAUGCUCAAGUACUGCCACAGCCGUGACCGGCCAGCACCCUACAAAUGUGGCAUCAGAAGCUGCAGGAAAAACUACACCUUUGACUUCUAUGUAGCUCAGAGACAGCUGUGCCUCUGGGAUGAGGACCCCUAACUGCAGGGAGCAAAGGACCAAGGAGGGCUCCUUGGGUUUACAAGUUCUUUGCUGGCCACCAGGGGGCGUGGCAACAUAAUCCGAGGCCUUAGGUCUCUUUCUCUGCCCCAUCUGCACUGUGAAAGGGUGUCACAGCUGGGGCAACCUCGGACAGCCCUGAUGCCUGCCUGUGCCCAUCAUGGGGGCAGAAGGGGAUAAAGCUGUUCUCAGACUGGUACCCUCCCCCUCUUCAUUUCCCUUGAAAUGUCCCCCACACAUGCAGUCAAAACCUAGGCUUCCUUUGUGGAACUUGUUCCAGGGGUCUACUCCUGCAACACACAUUUUCACCAGCAAGGGGACCGCAGAGGGACUGGCGGGGACUCAUGCCCCAGAUCCUGUGUCUGGUAACAGUGCCUUUUCUCAGCCCCGGAGGCAAUGGGGAGCAGGGAGACGGCUGCCCCUGAGACCACCAAGUGUGCCUUUCCUGGGACCUGACUUGGCUGCUUCAGCAGGCACCAAGUCUUCCUCCCUCUGGACUGAAGUACUCUGGCAAGGUUCUGGGGGCACAGAGGGAGCAUGAAGUACAGGAAAAAAAACUUGAAUUCCAGAUUUUUAAUGCAAAAUAUUUAUCAUUUGUACCAGAAAUAAAAGUUUUUUUUAACUUUUCACUCA